GCCACAGUACUAUGGUGACACUUUUCAUGGGGCUCCCUGAAAGGUUCUUCCCAAGACAGAAGGGGGAAGCUUCAUUAAAUUCACUCCUUUCUAUUAAAGGAAAUGUGGAGUAUAAGGCGGUUUAGGUACCACGAAACUUCAUCAUGGCCUUUCUGUCCUCCCACCUUCUAGAUCUUAGAGACACUUCCAAUGACCUGGCCGAUAUAUAUAGUAGGCCUGGAGUCCCCUUUAUCUUCCAGAGACCCCUUGCAAGAAGUUUCCGCCACUAUAGGCUGGAGGUGCUUGCGUAAACUUUUCCUUCUAGCGGGGAAAGCUGCCUUCCACUUCCGCUCUUUGGCCUGCUGGCCCCGCCUCCCCUGCCCCCCGCUGGGUCCUAGCGCCUUCCCCUUUCUGGUCGUGUUCUGGGCUCUGUUGGUGCGAGGAGCCGAAGCUGAUGCCACGGAGCCAGCUCAAGUCGGAUCAGAUGAGGAAACUGAGGUUUUAGGACAUGCAGUAAACCACACAAAGUUGCAACAGCUGGGAAGUGAUGGAGGCAAGAUUUGAAGCUGGGCAUUCUGGCUUCAGAGGUCGUACGCUAAGCCACAAUGCUGUAUUGUUUCUCUGGACCUCAGUUCCUUUAUCUGUGAAAAGAACUUUUCUCAUGGUGUUGACAUAAAGGAGAAGCCCUGCCUGCCAUGGAGGUGGAGGCUGUGGAAGCCCGGUCCCCAGCCCCAGGCUACAAGCGCUCUGGCCGCCGCUAUAAGUGCCUGUCCUGUACCAAGACAUUUCCAAAUGCUCCCAGGGCAGCUCGCCAUGCUGCCACACAUGCUCCUGCAGACUGCGCAGAGGAAGUGGCCGAGGUGAGGCCAAAGCCAGAGACAGAACCCAAGGCAGAAGAAACCAGUGGGGACAAGGUAUCAGGUUCAGCGGCUAAACCUCGGCCCUAUGCGUGCCCGCUGUGCCCCAAGGCCUACAAGACCGCACCAGAGCUGCGCAGCCACAGUCGCAGCCACACGGGAGAGAAGCCUUUCCCAUGCCCAGAGUGUGGCCGCCGUUUCAUGCAGCCCGUGUGUCUGCGUGUGCACCUAGCCUCUCAUGCUGGUGAGCUGCCCUUCCGAUGCGCACACUGCCCCAAGGCUUAUGGAGCUCUGUCCAAACUCAAGAUCCACCAGCGUGGUCAUACUGGAGAGCGGCCCUAUGCCUGUGCUGACUGCGGCAAGAGUUUCGCGGAUCCUUCUGUGUUCCGCAAGCACCGGCGCACUCACGCAGGCCUACGACCUUAUGGCUGUGAGCGCUGCGGCAAGGCCUACGCCGAGCUCAAGGACCUACGCAACCAUGAGCGGUCCCACACCGGUGAGCGCCCCUUCCUCUGCUCUGAGUGCGGAAAAAGCUUCUCCCGCUCCUCUUCUCUCACCUGCCACCAGCGUAUUCACGCGGCACAAAAGCCCUAUCGCUGCCCGGCCUGUGGCAAGGGCUUCACACAGCUCAGCUCCUACCAGAGCCAUGAGCGCACUCACUCUGGCGAGAAGCCCUUCCUGUGCCCACGCUGCGGCCGCAUGUUCUCUGAUCCCUCGAGCUUCCGGCGCCACCAGCGGGCUCACGAGGGUGUGAAGCCUUACCGCUGCGAGAAGUGUGGUAAGGACUUCCGGCAGCCGGCAGACCUGGCCAUGCACCGGCGGGUGCACACAGGCGAUCGGCCCUUCAAGUGCCUGCAAUGUGACAAGACGUUUGUGGCCUCUUGGGACCUCAAGCGGCACGCCUUGGUGCACUCUGGCCAGCGGCCCUUCCGCUGUGAGGAGUGUGGGCGAGCCUUUGCUGAGCGUGCCAGUCUCACCAAGCACAGCCGUGUGCACUCUGGUGAGCGCCCUUUCCACUGUAACGCCUGUGGAAAAUCAUUUGUGGUGUCAUCAAGCCUCAGGAAGCAUGAGCGGACCCAUCGAAGCAGCGAGGCCUCAGGGGCAACCCCUCAACAGGAGCUGGUAGUAGGACUGGCACUCCCUGUUGGCGUUGCUAGUGAAGGCUCUGCCGCCCCAGUAGCAGAUACAGGGCUAGGGGACCCUCCAGCAGGACUGCUAGGGCUGCCCCCAGAGUCAGGUGGUGUGAUGGCCACGCAGUGGCAAGUGGUGGGCAUGACCGUGGAGCAUGUGGAGUGCCGGGAUGCUGGUGUUGGAGAGGCUCCCAGUUCCUUGGGAGGGACAGGAGAGGUGGGAGGUGAGGAAGCUGACGAGAAGCCACCACAGUUUGUGUGUCGAGAGUGCAAGGAGACCUUCACUACCCUGACAUUGCUGCGAAGGCAUGAGCGCACACACCCGGAACUCCGGCCCUUCCCUUGUACCCAGUGUGGCAAGAGCUUCUCAGACAGGGCAGGGCUGCGCAAGCACAGUCGCACCCACAGCUCUGUGCGCCCCUAUGCCUGCCCCCACUGUCCCAAGGCUUUCUUGAGUGCCAGUGACCUACGGAAGCAUGAACGCACCCACCCUGUGCCCAUGGGAACCCCCACGCCCCUGGAACCCCUUGUGGCUUUGCUAGGAAUGCCUGAAGAGGGGCCAGCCUGAAACUAGUGGUUCUCUCUAUCACAUUCCUUGGAGUCCUGCCUUGACAGGGUCCCUCCUGAACCGCUUUGCUCCCAGCUCACUCUAUAGACUCCAGAUCCCUGCCCCUAGGCAACUAGCUCACCUGUCACCUAAGACAGCUGGGGAUAGUGGAGCCUGGCAGCAGCUGUGGCAGGAUUCUCUCUGAGCAACACUCAUUAAAGCAUUCACUUUCACACUGGGUUGUCUUCUGUGUUCUGGUUGGGGGUGAGUGGGUUGCGAGUUUGGACACCAGAUAAGAUCCAGUGAUGAAGCCUGUUUGGACAGAUCAGAAACUAGAAGGAUCUUUGGAUGCAUCAUAUUUCAAAGUAUGUUUGGGGAUGUGUUAUGACAAAGGAUUCCAUAGCCAAGUACAUACAGGAAAUUCCCUAUGCCUUUCUUGGGAAUUCUUGGUGAUUAAAAGUUGUAUUAAAUUUGUGUAUGUGAGAGGGUGCUAGGGAUUGAUCCCAGGGACACUUUACCAUUAAGA